AUGGCAGAACUCGAGAUCAUUGACGCGGAGAUUGUCCCGAACGCGUCCCGCGAGCAAGCUCUCGCUGCCUCUAGCGAUCUUCCAGCAGCAACAGCAGCAGCAGCAGCAAAGGACAACAGUGCACCGACUCUCAGCUCAAUCUACCCAGUCUACACCCAAGCCGAACGAGAAGCAGCUCUGCGUCUGCUCGCCCCAUCCAAGUACGACGUAGUGCUCGGUGCUGGAUGGACUGACUCCUCAGACCCCUCUUCUGCUUCAGAAGACGAUACCGACACGGUCCGCCGUGCAUCCUCUUCCUCCUCCUCUUCCUCGUUCUCUAGCCCUUCGACACCGCCCACUGUUUCACCCCUCACAUCGUCCACAAACGCUGCAGCCACCGGUCAGCGCGGCCGUUCAGACGCACUUCUCGUGCGCUCCUGCUCGCAAGGCUGGUCGCUCUCGUUCGAGCUGACCCCGCACCAGCCUAUCCCCGUGCCCCAAUCUGCAGACGAAUUGGUCAUCCGCAACGACGCCGUGGGCCUCAACCCGGUCGACUGGAAAAGCGUAUCGUACAACUUUGGUAUUCCUGCCUUCCCCUGGAUCCUCGGCCGCGACAUUGCGGGCACCGUCAUCCAGCCGCCCGUGGACAAUGACGAGGGCUGGAAGGCGGGCGAUCGCGUGUGGACGUGUGCUGACUCGCGCGAGAUGCGAGCGGGUGGGUAUCAGAGAUUCUCGGUGCACAGGAAAGGAACGUUGGCGAAGAUUCCAAGUGCGGUGAAGGACGAGGACGCGGCUACGUUGGGUACCGGGCUGAUCACGGCUGCGGUGGCGUUGUUUGCGUUCUUCAAGCUGCCAUUUGCGCCGCGUCAGGACGACGAGGAAGAAGCUCUUGCGGAGAAGCUGAGCGGAGUUGGGAUCAGCCAGAAGAAGGACGAGAGGGACUGGAUCUUAAUCUACGGCGGCGGUGCAGUCACCGGAAUCUACGCCACGCAGCUGGCUGCGCUCUCCAACCUGCGUGUCAUCACGGUCGCAUCCCGCUCCAACUUCGACUACCUUCGCUCCAUCGGCACCACCGCCUUCGUCGACCGCCACCAACCGCCCGAAGCCAUCGUCUCCUCCAUCACCGCCGUCCUCGCCCAGCACGGCGGCGAGCUGAGGUACGCUAUGGACUGCGUCUCGUCCAGCACCGCCAACCUAUGCCUCGACGCGCUCCAAAACUCGGCGGCGGCGAAAGGAGGCAGCAAAGGGGAGGAGCUCAUCUGCCUCGCGGGCAACCCGAAGGCCGAGCCGGGCCAAGUGAAGGUGCACAAAAUCUCGUUUUCGACAACGUUCUAUCAUCCGGACGGCGAGUUUGCGCGCCGUGUGCUCGGGUAUGUUACGAGGCUGCUGGAGGACGGGAGGUUGCAGCCGUGCAGACCGGAGGUGCUGCCUGAUGGUCUGGCCGGCAUUCGAUCUGGGCUGGAGUUGCUGAGAGAUGGUAAAGCUCCCAGAGCGCGAAAGUUGGUGGUGCGCGUGCGUGAUACGCCAGCCGCCGACGUGACGCAUUUGGGCGUGCGCACCGAGCUCGGUUGGAACGGCGUCGUCUAG